AUGCUCGAAAUUGUGAAAGAUUACCCAUUUCUCUAUCAAAAUAAACAUCCACUGUCUAAGUCAAAACAAGCAAUGAAUGAUGCGUGGGUGACGAUUGCGCAAACGAUGCGCGACGAGUUUGGCAUGAUGACAAGAGUUGAAGAGUUGGCUGGUGAAUUGGUGUAUUUGUGGAGAAAUCUUAAAGAUCAGCUGAAGCAUCAACGGAAACAGGCACGAGCAAAGUACUUUGAAAACGAGACUCCUCCAUUAGAAAUGCUCCGAAGAUGGGAGUUCUUUGAGUCAAUACAAUUUAUGAAUGAUGAGUUGAACGAACAAGAGAGAGACUCGUUUGAAUCACUCGGAGAAGUGGAUCCUUUGUGUCACUCAGAGAGUGUUACUCAAACAGUAGCACAAAUCAAGAGAUCUCAAAAACAUUUACGUGAAAAUGUGGAGAAUAAUGGUUAUGAAGCGUCAAAUCUGGAAAGAUUUUUGGGCAAUUUACCAAUCGAUUAUUCGACUGAAGAAAUGACACGGGAAAACACACAAAUAUCCCCAUGUGCAUCGGAGAAUCGAGAAGAAUCCACAGAUACUUCAUCACUCACAUUGACUACAAGCUGUUAUUCGACAAAAGAAGUGAAGCCUCUAUUACUUCAUUCGCAUCAUCAAUCAAGCUUUCUUGCAAAGAAACGAUCUCGAACUAGUGACAUCUCACCGUCAGAGGAGAAUCUAGAAAAUUCGAUCGAUUUGCCAGCCCGACGAGAUCCAGCGGUCUUGCAAAUGAUUCGUGAGAAGGGUUUCAAGCUGCGAUUGAUUGAAGAGGUUCGGAAACGGCCCUACCUCUGGGAUCCGUCCGACGAGCAAUAUGGGAAUCAAACGAUAAAUCGAAAAGCGUGGAUGGAUAUUUGCAAUGUGAUGAACACCGUUUUUCAUAAUGAUGAUCCGAUGCAUCCCCAAUUGGCACGGAAGAACUUCAAGAAUUUACGCGAUAUGUUCAAGACAAGAUGGCUUGAGUCUAAAAUGGGAAAAACCUCAGCGCAACGCUGGGACUAUUUCAUUCCGAUGAACUUUCUAGCGGAUGUUUUCGAGAAAAAUGAAGAUAACCUUGAUAUGACAACUUUCCUUAACGAACAACUUUUGAAUGGAACCGAAGAUGAUGGCACAAAUCCAUCAAAUGAGGAAAUCGAUUUGGCGAGCUUGCUUUUUAAAAGGAAUGACGAUAAAGACGAUUUAACGGUUUUCGACUAUUCAAACGAUGGAGAUGAAUUCGAUGCUAUCAAACGAAUCUCAGAGCAAUUCAAUUCACCAUCUACGUCGACUGUCGCUCCUCUAAAUAAACGAGCCAGAAUUGAUAAUCGAUUCGAUUUUGGUGAAAAGCUUUCCAAAACACCGAUAAUCACUCAACAACAAGGGAUCACCAAUGUGCUCAAAAAAGUGAUGAAUGAAAGUAUUCCCGAACCAUCACCGAUUCUCCCGCCCCUGAUCGUUUCGAAAAUGAGCUUU